AUGGCUCCUCAAAGGCGUCCACAAUAUACCCAAGAAAACAUCGAGCAGCAGUUGCAGCAAAUACAUCUUCUUGAUCCGUCCUCAUCUUCCGAGAACCUUGAACAACUCGGACCUAUCAUCAAGCAGAUUCACGCGAACCGCCAGCAGGAAGUAUACCUGCGCAAUCUUCAGGCUCUCAUUGCAACAAAGGACAGCGAGAUAGAGCAAAUUUGCACAGACAACUAUCAAGAAUUCAUUUCCUCCGCUUCGACUCUUUUCACAGUCAAGUCAUAUACUACCAACCUUAGGGAAAAGAUUACAACUUUGGACGCCAGUGUAUCCCAGGUCGGUCGAAGCUUAGUGGAGAAGAAAAGAUCAUUGCUACAGUCUAAAAAGACGGCCGCUAACCUUGAUGAAGCAAUUGAUACCCUGCAAGCUUGUCUGAAAGUCUUAGACGUGUAUUGGAGUGCCCUGCGGUCACUGGAAGACAUACAGAGUCUGCCAUCCAAUUCGCUGUCCCAGACACCAUUCUACCAACAUCUCCUGUCAUCUCUGCCUUCGCUACGGAUCCAAAUCCAGAAUGCAGUGACAGCCUCGAUGAAGCAGUGGUUACUGGAAAUCCGAAACGUUAGCGGGCUAGUUGGCAAAUUAGCAUUGGAAGUAAUGGACCUCCGGACGCGCAAGUGGAGAUCACGUCGAGAGAAAGACCCAAUGCUGAGGUUGAGCCGUGUUGGAAGCGCAGUGGAAAUGGUGACUCAAGAGCGGUCGGACACCAAUGUUCUCGACAGCGAGAAAUUAAAGGUUGAUUUCACGCCGCUCUACCAGUGCAUACAUAUCUACACGACUUUGGAUUCAAUUGACAACCUGCGAAGAUCUUAUCAAGCAGAUCGUAAAGCACAAUCAGACCUUAUUUUACCGGAUCCACUUCCGCUUGCCUCCCUUGUCAGCUUAACUCAGGAAAUAUGCGGAUUUUUUAUCAUAGAAUCGCAUGUUCUUGAGACAACUGGCAACUUCCGCUCUGAGAGGGAGGUCGAAGAGUUAUGGGAAGCGCUAGUGUCGCGUCUUUCACCUGACCCAGAUUCGUUCUUGAGGGUCAAGGAGUGUCUCAUUGGAUUCGUCACGACGCUGGAGUCCUACUCAUAUGCCACUCAGUCACUGCAUUCACUCGUCCUUAUGUUGUUCGAGAAAUAUGCCGGUCUUCUGGAAGGCCAGUUCAGUCGUAGGUUUGAUGAUAUCAUCCUCCAAGACGAUCAUCUCCCCAUGCAAGUUACGACAUCGUCAGAAAGAGAUUCUGUGCUUGCAGUUGUAUGGUUGGGCCCGUCAGAGCAAGAGGCUCUUGCAAAGAGCGCACUCCCUCUUAGUCUGCCAUGGUCACAGGGUUUCUACCAGUGCUGCGAAGAUAUCCGAAAUUUCAUUCAAAAGUUUUAUCACUUUGUUGAUGGAGUGUCACAACAUCAUGGCAAUAUCGAUGAACUUUUGAACAAGUCGCUGGACAAACUGCUUUCAAACCAUAUCAGCGAAAGCAUUUGCAAGCGCCUAAGUAGCACAUCAACGCUCACCCAAGUCGCUCAGAUUGUCUCGAAUCUCGAGCAUUUUGAGGUUGCGUGUGCGGAACUAGAGCGAUCACUGACGAGUCUCCGGUCAACACAACGGGGCGGUGCUAUCCGGCUGUCCUCUUCGUCUUCUUUCGCCGACACUGUCACCCCUGCCCUCAACCGCGUGACGGGUCUUAUCACUUCUAAACUGGAUGACUUCUUUGAUUUGGCCGAGUACGACUGGGCGCCGCAAUCCCGCGACGAUACACCCAGCAUGUACUUGUACGAGCUUAUCAACUGGCUCACAACAGUUGUGGACUCUCUGGUCAUCGAAGAGGUGUACAAGGACGAGGCAUACCGAGGAGCAGUUGGAUAUAUCGCUGAGUGCUUAAUGAACUUCAUGGUUGGGCCUAACGUUCCAGCAAUGAACGAGAACGCCAUCUCAAAUAUUUUGGUGGAUACAGACUUCCUGGAAGGGGAGUUCGCCCGUAUUGGGAGGGGCCAUCUUAACUCGGUUUUCGCUGAACUUCGCUCGAUGGUGUCAAUCGUGUUAAAUGACGCGGUACAAGACUAUUUAGUACCGCAAGUCCGGCAGACAACGUAUUCCGUUGUCCGACCGAAGAGACUCCAGACACUCCUUGAGAAACUAUCCAGGCACGGGGCGAGUCGGCGUGACGCUCGAUCGCGAGAAAGAGGGGAGAAACGGAGGAAGGAAGCGGACGCCGUUGGGAGGGUAUUUCCUGGAGAGAACCGAUGA